CUCUCUCUCUCUCUCUCGCUCGCUCGCCGGAUACAGAGAAGCAGAGCACGUUCCCGUUGAAAACCCUAAAGCUUUUGUCUUUUGCCCUGUCUUGCUUCUCAAGCCAUCAUCGAAUACAUCGCCGCCGAUCCCCGCGUCGUCUCGCCGUGGUGGAAGCCCAUCGGGACCGGAAGAGAUCACCGGAGUUGACGCGGCUGGUCGGUUUUUUUUUUUUUUUCAACCCUUCUUCCGAUUGAUGAAGAGGCUGCACCGGCGCCUGAGGAUUCUGAUCCUCUCUCUCUUCUCCGUCUCCGUUUUGGCUCCCGUCGUCCUCGUUUCGUUCAGGCUCAAGCACAUUUCCCCGACAGGACGCAGAGAGUUUUUGGAGGAGUUUUCCAGUAGGAAAUUUAGUGCGGAUGUUUGGAGACUUAAUUCAGUUGAUCAGGAAGAGGGUGAGGGUUUGAAAGAGCCGAAACAGGUUAUUUAUGAAGACAAUAAAUUCGUUUCCACGGUCAGCUAUAGUUCUAACAACAUUCAUCAUUCUGCGGAAUCCAGAGACGCUGCAGAAAGAACUCAAAUCUCGGAAAGAAAUGGAACUACACGCAGAAGUGCUAAGGAAGAUGAGCAAAUUCAGCAUCGUGAAGUUCCAUCCACAUCUAGAGGCCAGGAGAAAUUGGAUCAAAUUAUGGUCCAACGAGUUCAGAAUGGACAGCAUCGGGAACAAAGUUCGUCAGAUAAAAAGGUGAAAGAGGUGAAAGAUCAACUGAUUAGAGCAAAAGUAUACUUGAACUUUGCACCACCAGGUAGUAACUCGCACAUGGUGAAAGAGCUGAGACUGCGGAUGAAAGAGUUGGAAAGAGCAAUGGGUGAUGCCAAGAAGGAUUCUGAUUUAUCUAGGAGAGCUUGGCAGAGAACAAAAGCCAUGGAAGUUUCCUUGAUCAAAGCGAGUCGUACCGUUCCAGACUGUUCAUCCAUGGCCACAAAGCUCCGUGCUAUGACUUACAACACUGAAGAGCAGGUUCAGGCGCAUAAGAAUGAAGCUGAACAUCUUAUCCAGCUUGCUGCAAGGACGACGCCAAAAGGUCUUCAUUGCCUUGCUAUGCGGCUCACUUCAGAGUACUUCACCCUACCGGCUGAGGAGAGAAAGCUUGGUAACCAGGAAAAAGCACGUGAUGGAGAUCUCUACCACUAUGCUGUAUUCUCGGACAACAUUCUUGCUUGUGCAGUAGUCGUCAACUCAACAGUGGCUCAUGCUGCAGAGCCAGAGAAGAUCGUGUUCCAUGUAGUGACAGAUUCCCUCAAUUUCCCAGCAAUUUCUAUGUGGUUCUUGCAAAAUCCUCCUGGAAGAGCGGCUGUGGAUAUCCAGAGCUUAGAAAAUUUUGAGUGGCUUUUGAAAAAAUAUGCAUCAUCAUUGCAGAAGCAGAAUGCUCACGACCCUCGAUAUAAUUCUGCACUGAAUCAUCUACGGUUUUAUCUGCCAGAUGUCUUCCCUCUGCUGGAUAAGAUUGUGUUUUUGGACCACGAUGUGGUAGUGCAGAGGGAUCUUACUAAGCUUUGGGAUGUGAAUUUGAAGGGAAAAGUAAAUGGGGCUGUGGAAACUUGUCAGGAAGGUGAUGCUUCAUAUCGGCGAAUGGAUAUGUAUGUUGACUUCACAGAUCCAUUUGUUUCCGAGUGGUUCAAUGCCAAUACAUGCACAUGGGCAUUUGGGAUGAACUUGUUUGAUUUGCAAGAGUGGAGGAAGCAAAAUUUAACUGCAAAAUAUGGCAGCUACUUGCAGCUGUUGCAGGAGCAUGGGAAUCCAUUGUGGAAGGCAGGAACUUUGCCGAUAGGAUGGCUCACUUUUUACAACCAGACAGUAGCUCUGGACAGGAGAUGGCACAUCCUCGGCCUCGGUUACGAGUCAAAUGUCGCUGCGAGUGACAUUGACCGUGCAGCAGUUAUACACUUUGAUGGUGUCAUGAAACCGUGGUUGGAAAUCGGGAUCAGGAAGUACAAGGGCUAUUGGACCAAGCAUGUCAUGUAUGACCACCCUCACUUGCAACAGUGCAAUGUCCAUGAGUAGUCCGGCCACUUGAGGAGUAUUCUUAAACCACACAGCGCACCUGUUGCACUUGAUUCUUCUUAAAGAACAAAGCAAGCUUUGAUUCUUUCAACAUCAUACAGAUUUUCGUGUAAAAUUACUUUCCAUUCUUUCAUAGAGAACUAUCUGGCCAUAAUCCCUCAUUGGAGCAGAGAUUAACCUUAGUUGAAUAAGGAUCCCCCCACCCCAACAGCAGAUUUUUGUAAUGCUCUUAGUUCUUGGAUGUACAUAAAACUCAUCUCAGAUUAUUAAAGCUUCUUAAUUAUCGA